AUGAAAGUACACCACGGAAUAAAUCGUGGCAAAUGUGGGAUUUGUGGUGACCCUUAUGGUCAACCAGCAGAACACGAGGCUGGUGGAAAAUACGCCCCUGGUAUUAUAGUGGCAAUGUACCAACCAGGACAAAUUGCUGACAUUGGAGUAGAAUUAACAGCCAACCACAAGGGUUGGUUUGAAUUCAGGGUAUGCGUCCACAACGAUUUUACUACUCCAGCGACACAUGACUGCUUGUAUGAAAACCUCUUGAAGUUUGAAGACGGCACAACACGGAAUACACGACUAAUACACGCUGUUAUUGUCAAGUCCCAUGUAUUACGAUUCAAAUUUAACCGUAUUUUAGGAAACAGUUGGGGAACUGACCUUAAUGGCAGGGGUUGUUUGGGAUGCGGUAUUCAAGAAGAAUUCUAUGGGUGUGGAGAUGUAGCAAUUAGUGAAUCAGGGGUUCUGCCUAUAACAAGUCCAGUAACUAGCCAGACAACCAGUCAAAUAACAAGCCCAUCUACUAGCCAGAUAACAAGCCCAAAAACCAGUCAGACAACAAGUCCAAUAACCAGCCAGACCACAAGCCAGGUAACAAGCCCAACCACGAGCCAGGUAACAAGCCCAACCACGAGCCAGAUAACAAGCCCAACAACCAGCCAGAUAACAAGCCCAACAACCAGUCAGAUAACAAGUCCAACAACUAGUCCGAUAACAAGUUCAACAACCAGCCAAACCACGAGCCCGGUAACAAGUCCAACAACCAGCCAGGCAACAAGGCCGACAACCAACCAGAUGUCGGAUACAAUGAGAUGUGUUGCUUUUGGACCUUGGCUAGGGGUGGCCGGUAAAGAUGAAUGGUGUGAAACUAACAGUCGGAGUGGUUUCUGUCCCGCAAAUUGUUGUACAUGCACGGAUAUGGCGGAAACAUGUAGAUCUAUGGGUAUUUCGUUGGAAGUGAUAUGGACAAUUGGUGCAUAAACAAUUGCUUAUUAGGCAAUUGUCCGGCUGAUCGUUGCAAAUGUUGAUUUAUCUCGUAUUUAAUUUUAAAUGUUGUCUGGACAUGGAUCUAUAUGAUGAUGUAAUCAUCGCGCAGAUAAAUGUUAUUCUGGGAUUGAAAAUAAAUUAUAAACUGUAGGGCAUACAGGUAUAUACAGAUAUAUUCAAAUGU